AUGACGUCCACGGCCCUCCCGACCGGACCCGCCAGCGCACCGCCGAGGAGCUCAAUCGAAAAAAGCUCGACAGUGGAUUCAGAUCCAACUGCGUGGGGAUCAGGUACGAGCAACCUCGCCGCCAUGAAAGCUUCAAUCGCGAGGGCGGUCGGGAAUUUGCUCCGUCUAGGGCUGACCAGACCUACAAUUGGCUGCAUCGAGCAGACCGUCCAUUACAGCCGACCAACAAGCAUCAAGGGUUUAAUGACUCUUGAGCUAACGAGCACAGAUUGGUUUGGGCUUUUCGAGGUUUGUACAUCGGGAUCACCAAUCGAGGACGAGCAGAAGUUGGACACAAUCGGGGUCAUUUUGAGGAACGUGCUGAAAGCGGACAAUGACAUUCGCAGCGCGAGAACCUCGGUUUCUUUGGACGAGAUUCAUACUGAGAGGAGGCUCCACCAACUGAUGUUUUUUGACCGAGACUAUGAGAGGAAGGUUGUGGCUAGGCCUGGUUCGGGCCCGAGUGUAUCCGUUAGGAAUCAUGUGGAGAAGGAUUACUCGGUCGUGAAUAUUCAGUGCCGAGACCUGAAUAAGCUUUAG